AUGAACGACUUAGCUCCAGAGUUGAGCAGAAGGAAACGAGCGGCUUGGGGAGCUUUCAAGAGCAUCGAGGAUGUAGUGAAGAGGACAAAGAACACCCAACUCCGUGCCCAUGUUUUCGACUCAAAGGUACUUCCUGCACUAACGUAUGCGUCAGAAACCUGGCCGCUGCGUAAGCAGGAUGAAUGGUCACUCAGUGUUAUUGAAUGCGCAGUCAAAAGGGCGAUGCUAAGGAUAUACUGCUUCAUACAAGUAAGGGAAGAGAUCCGAAGCUCCGAUCUGUGCCAACGAUCAAAAAUCAGAGAUACCGUUGUGUACGUCAAGCUGCCGAAGACAAGAUGGACCGGACACCUAAUGCGUAUAAAUGACAACCGAUGGACAAGAGCUGUUAGUGACUGGAUUCUUCGCGAUGUCAAACGCACUGUAGGAAGACCACCGACCCGAUGGUCAGAGUUCUUCACAAAGAGCCUUGAAGAAAGGUAUGAUGCUCGACGAAUCCUUAGAGCGAGCAGAACUCACUGUGUUACUCUUGCACGCGACAGGGAAAAACGGAAGAUUUACUGGCGCCGGCUCGAGUCACUCGACGAACAACGAGACUACAGGUGA